CUGUUGUCACCGCCUGUGUCAUCCCCCCCCAGUCCCCCUGUUGUCACCACCUGUUGUCAUUGUCACCGCCUGUGUCAUCCCCCCCAGUCUCCCUGUUGUCACCCCGUUGUCACCCCCUGUUGUCACCGCCUGUUGUCACUGCCUGUGUCAUCCCCCCCAGUCCCAUUGUUGUUAUUGCCUGUUGUCACUGCCUGUGUUGUCCCCUGUUGUCACCGCCUGUUGUCACCGCCUGUUGUCACCGCCUGUUGUCAUCGCCUGUGUCAUCCCCUGCACCCCCCCUGUUGUCACCACCUGUUGUCACCGCCUGUGUCAUCCCCCGCGGUCCCCUUGUUGUCACUGCCUGUUGUCACCACCUGUGUCAUCCCCCAUGGUCCCAUUGUUGGCACCGCCUGUGUCGUCCCCCCCAGUCCCAUUGUUGUCACCACCUGUGUCAUCCCCCAUGGUCCCAUUGUUGUCACCGCCUGGUGUCACCGCCUGUGUCGUCCCCCCCAGUCCCAUUGUUGUCAUCCCCUGCAGUCCCAUUGUUGUCACUGCCUGUUGGCACCGCCUGUGUCGUCCCCCGCGGUCCCCUUGUUGUCACCGCCUGUUGUCACCACCUGUGUCAUCCCCCAUGGUCCCCUUGUUGGCACCGCCUGUUGUCACUGCCUGUGUCGCCCCCUGUUGUCACCGCCUGUGUCGUCCCCCCCAGUCCCAUUGUUGUCACCGCCUGUUGUCACCACCUGUUGUCAUCGCCUGUGUCGUCCCCCAUGGUCCCAUUGUUGACACCGCCUGUGUCAUCCCCUGCAGUCCCAUUGUUGUCACUGCCUGUGUCGUCCCCCCCAGUCCCAUUGUUGUCACCGCCUGUUGUCACCGCCUGUGUCGUCCCCCAUGGUCCCAUUGUUGUCACCCCCUGUUGUCACCGCCUGUUGUCACCACCUGUGUCAUCCCCUGCAGUCCCAUUGUUGUCACCGCCUGUUGUCACCACCAGUGUCAUCCCCCACGGUCCCCUUGUUGUCACUGCCUGUCAUCGCUGCCUGUUGUCACCGCCUGUGUCGUCCCCUGCAGUCCCAUUGUUGUCACCGCCUGUUGUCACCGCCUGUGUCAUCCCCCCCAGUCCCCCUGUUGUCAUUGCCUGUUGUCACCGCCUGUUGUCACCGCUUGUGUCAUCCCCUGCAGCCCCCCUUGUCACCGCCUGUGUCACCGCGUUGUCACCAUGGCUCCCAUUGUCACGUCCGCAUUGUCAGCUUGUGUCUGUUGUCACCGCCUCCCCAUUGUCACCACGUCCCCAUUGUCCACGUGUCCCCUUUUGUCACCACGUCCCCUUUGUCACCACAUCCCCACUGUCACCAUGUCACCGUCAUCACCAUUGUCACGUCUCCAUUGUCCACGUGUCCCCAUCGUCCCCUGUGUCACCACGUCCCCAUUGUUCAUGUGUCCCCACUGUCCCCAUAUCCUCAUUGUCACCAC